AUGACCAAGUCGGAUACUGCCCACCUCGAGGCCACGAUGGGCAAGAGCGGAGAUCUGGAAUAUGUUGAGGAGGUUGCUCUGGCACGCGUGACCGAGGAGGACCUGUGGAAGUUGUCCCAGGAUUCUCUAUCUCUCAGGUCGUGGACCGGAUUCCGUCUGUUUCUCAUCAUGUUUAUUCAUGGUUGUAACCAAGCUGGAUUUGGAAUCGACUGGGGUGUGAUCGGCGGUAUCAAUGCCAUGGAAAAAUGGCACGACUACUUCGGUUUCGGGAACAGUGGUGGCACAUAUGGGUUGAUCAACGCUCUGAUGCAGAUCGGUACCGUCUGCGGAGCCCCCUUCAUGGGUUUGGCGGAUGUGUUUGGUCGUCGUGCCAUCAAUUUCGCCGGCAACGCCAUUGUCAUCUUCGGAGCUCUCCUGCAAGGCCUCGCCGUGAAUCUGCCGAUGUUCAUGGCCGGUCGAUUCUUCCUGGGCUUCGGCUCUGCGCUCAUGUCAAGCUCUCAGUACAUUGGCGAGAUUUCACCUCUUCAUUUGCGUGGUCUCAUGGUCGGCUUUUUCGGCGCAUGCUUCCAAGUCGGUAGUCUUGCUAUGCUUGGUGCCAUGAUUGGAUUUACCGAUUUGCCUGGCAAUAACGCCUGGCGUGUUCCUCUCAUUCUGGAGUGUUUGUUCCCGGCUAUUGUCUGUACGGGCAUCUACCUUCUGACUCCGGAGUCGCCCCGUUAUUAUGUCUUGAAGGGCAAUCGCGAAAAGGCCAAGGAAGUCGUCGCCAAGUAUCACACCACUAGUGGCGAUAUCAAUGAGCCUCUUGUCGAAAUUGUUGUGAGACAGAUAGAGGAAUCUCUCGAAGCCGACACGACGGGCUACAGAUCCUCAUGGGAUUAUCGGGUCUUCUUCACUAAGGUAGCCCGUUACCGACUGCUGGUGUUGAUUUUGUACUCGCUCUUCCAGCAAUGGAAUGGAGGCGGUAUCAUCACGUAUUAUAUGGCUCCCUCGUUGGAGCAACUUGGCAUUACAAACGAGAAGAGCCUUCUCGGUUUCAGCAUUGGCACCACCGCAGUCUAUUUCGUCUUUACGGCCGUUGGCGCACUCAUCGUCGACAAGUUCCGCAGACGAACCCUGAUUUUUAUCGGACUCAUCAGCAUGAUUGUUUUCCAAACGGCUACGACGAUCACGGCGUGGCAGUAUACUCUUCAUGCCACUGCAGGGGCGGCGGCGUGCACUAUUCUCUGGAUCUUCCUUUACCAAACCUUCUCGGCGACAUUUGUUGCAACCAUGCACAACCUGUAUCCGAUUGAAAUUCUCUCUCUACCACUUCGUGCCAAGGGAAUGGGACUUUACGGUCUUAUCCAAGGUGCUGCCGGAGCCGUGCAGUCUUACGGAAUUGGCGUUGGUAUCCAAAAGGUCGGAUAUAAGAUUUGGGUCGUGUACAUUGUGUACAACUCGAUCCAGCUCUUCUUGUCGUACUUGUUCUUCCCGGAGACAAGCGCUCUGUCUCUGGAGGAGAUUAAUACCGUGUUUGAGACCCCAGGAGUCCACCCGGUGAAGAUGUCGUUGAAUAUUGAGAAGGCCAAAAAGGCGAGAGCAGCGGCCCGGGACGAGGAGGGCAAUGUUGAUCGAUAA